AUGUGUGUGGACGUACCCAAGGGACAGGAUGCCAAAUUCCUUCUCAAGGACGGCUGGGGAUGCGAAGGCUUUGAAUCGUUUGGUAUUGCCCAAGGAUCUGCUGCUCAGUGCUUCCCUUCCAGAGAAAGAACUUGUACGGGAAACCGACCAGGGAGGGAGUGUUGGUGGACAGUUUCAACACCGCCUGGAAGUUGCGCUGCUCCACCAGUGCCGAGACCUACCCCUAGAGCAACACCGCCCCCGACAAGUAGGCCUACUCCUCGCCCAACACCAUUCCCAACGAGAAGGCCUACUCCUAUUCCUACAGCUCCGCCAACACCAAGACCGACUCCUGUUCCUACAGCUCCGCCAACACCAAGACCUACUCCUGUACCAACUCCAAGGCCUACUCCUUUGCCAACACCAGAGCCGACACCAAGACCUACGCCUUUUCCAACACCAGAGCCAACACCAGAGCCGACACCAAGACCAACGCCUUUUCCAACACCAGAGCCAACACCAGUACCUUCAUCUGGUCCAACUCCUGUUCCAACCUCGGGACCUACAUCAGCGCCGACCUCUGGACCAACAUCGUCUCCAACCUCGGGACCUACAGCGAGCUUAAACCCUUCGACGGUUCCAAGUGAUGUACCAUCAUCAGGACCGUCGCUAAGCUCACAACCUUCGUUGAGUUCCAUGCCUUCGGAUACUCCAAGCAACGUUCCCACGCCAGCGCCUACGACAAGCGCAGGGCCUACUGCCACCCCAAGUGAAUCACCAUCAUCAGCACCUUCUACAAGUUCACAGCCUUCGUUGAGUUCCAUGCCUUCCCUCAGCCCAACCUUUGUUCCGACACCCGCGCCCAGCAGUGAACCCACUCCGGAUCCAUCAGCGGAACCUAGCAUCAACCCAACGCCAACACCCAGCAGCAACCCAACACCACAGCCAACGCCCGCGCCCAGCAGGGAUCCCACUCCGGAUCCAUCAGCGGAACCUAGCAUCAACCCAACGCCAACACCCAGCAGCAACCCAACACCACAGCCAACGCCCGCGCCCAGCAGGGAUCCCACUCCGGAUCCAUCAUCGGAACCUAGCAGAAAUCCAACGCCAACACCCAGCCGUAACCCAACACCACAGCCAACACCCGCGCCUAGCAAGGACCCCACUUUGGAUCCAACCUCCGUGCCCUCUUCCAACCCCACACCACCUCCAACGGUUGCCCCAACGGUUACUCCGACACCCGAUCCGACCCAAGAACCGACAGCUGCACCUACCAAGGCUCCAACUGUUCCAAGUCCCGGAGGAGGAGGAACCUUGACUUCUUGUUCUCUCCAAAGAGAUUGCAUUGCGUUCACUGUCGAAGAGGCACCAUCGAACACUUGCGGUGACGGUUCCUGUCUGUGGAAGGUCUGUUUGCAAUUGGACAAUAGUCUACCCGGUUGUCGAAAAGAUGGAUCGAUUAGUCACGCAUGUGAUUCCGGCGAAGACCUUACUGGGUGCCUUCGAGACGAUAGUGACAAUGGAGGCUGGGAUUCCACCGCGACCGUCCCUUUCGAUAAUUUGGAAACCAUGUGUGUCCAUGUACCAAAGGGAGAGGAGGCUAGAUUCCUUCUCAAGGACGGUGGAAGAUGCGACGGCUUUGAGUUUUUUGCCAUUGACGAUUCCUUUGCCGUUUGCUCGCCUUCCGAAGAUAGGACCUGUACUGGAAACAGACCUGGAGUGGAAUGCUGGUGGAGAGUUGCAACACCCCCUGGAGACUGUGCUAGAUAA